AUUUCGUAAAGGUAAAAUAUGUGUACGUUUCAUGGCUGAAUGAUUCCAAUGCAGUCGAUGAAGGCCUUGCUCGGAAAGAAAGGCGUAUGGAGCCUCCUGUCCCAAUAAUGAGAAGACUCAACUACCAUCCGAGAAUGCAUGUACUUGUGUGUGAAGAAACUGACUUUGUCAAAGCAUUGUCAUUUUGGUGAAUCGAACAGAAUCUAAUUAAGACCGGAUACAAAAGGCGUAGUGACCGGUAUGUAAAUGCAUUCGCAUUAAGUUUCUUUCAGUUUACUUGUUUUGCACCUUUUUAAAAAAUAUUUUCUUUCAGGAUAUCUAAGCCUUUUUCGGACUUCAAGUGUUGUACCACGUCAUUAUUCUUGGCUGCUGAGUCCAAGUUGGAGGCGGCAAGGUGAAGUCGAUCAGCGAAAAAUGAUCCGAUCAAAAAUAAAUCCCUAAGGGAAAAAAAAGGAAAUAAAGAAAUGGCCCUUUCCCUCCCGCCCAUCAAUUCAGAUGCAUCUGAGCGUGAAAGUGGUCCCUUUGAAAGAAACUGGCUGACGCCAAUUGAUGAGCUCAUCCGCCAAAAGUUCCACCCUCCUACGUCGCUCACAACUUUCCCACUGCCAUUUGGAGUGUAGGAUAACUACACCAGUUGACAUGUAACCGAAAUCCCGGCGACGGCCUGCCAUGCCUCAGCGAAAUCCAACGUCAGUUGAUCCCCUCACCCUUUUUCCUUACACGCUCGACAUAGUAAAGUGUGCGUCUGUCAUCCACCCAUCAAGUCGUGGUGGAGAAUAAGAAGAAAAGUAGAGCGGAAUGAGGUGGGGAUCGACGGGGUGGAAGAAAAGACGUCGACGUUGAAGCAGUUACGGGAGUUUUGUGAUCAUCGAUCUACAUCAAAGACGCCAACCAGAAAACCGACGCGAUACGUUGCAACUCAUAGAGCCGCCGCUAGGAGAGAGGUCGAAUGCAAUGGUGCUUUCAGGUUAUACGGGUAGGAUUAAUACGGAAAAAGAAGGACGGAGGUGAGCUUUCCUGAUUGGCGGCCGUUGCGUCGACUCCGCCCGCUCCUCGUCUAGUGCGGGAUCUAAUCCAUGGGCGGGGUCGUCCUCCCUAUUGGUUCCUGCGCGUCACUCUCCUGACGUCACCUUUACCACAUCUAACGUGAAAGGGUCUUCUGCACAUCACAACUGAUAGACGGCGAGAGUCAAGAGGAGUUUUUUCGGAGGGAGACAUGCAAGGUGGAGGGGAGGGUGAACGGUUACAAAUAGUCUCUGAAUCGGCCAAUCUGGUCGUAAACGUGAUCCGGAAAUCCCGCUAUCAAAUACCCACUCCCGAUUCGGUCCUUAAAAAGUUGGUCGCCAAGCGAACACAUCGUCGUGGAACAAACUCUUAACCAAACAACAUAUCGCCGAGUAAAACAACUCAACUGCAUAAGUGAUUCUCCGAGUUUGUUUUUUUCAUCCUCAAUUGACCGAGCCAAGGUAGACAUUAUAUCGAAGCGGCAUAAAUUUGUUGAUUGGCCCGCUGAUGAUGGAGACGCGGAUCCUGAUGUCGACUUCGUCUACCAGCAACGGCAGCAAUUACGACGAAAUGAUGCUCAACCGGAAGGAAUCAUCGGUACACCAUCAUCACCAAAGAACCACAUCUUCAAGUGUGACGGCCAUUGGAGGCGGACAUCAUCAUCACCAUCAAACGGCUCAACUUCCUCCGCCUUUGACGGCCGUUCAAAUGAGACCUCACUCAACUCCGGCAACACUUUUAUGGCUGGAAGAAAAUUACGAAAUGGCUCAAGGAGUUUGCGUCCCACGCAACACCCUCUACCUUCACUACGUCGAUUUUUGUUCCAAACACGGAAUGACGCCCGUCAAUGCCGCCUCAUUCGGCAAAAUUAUACGACAGCAAUUUCCACAAUUAACAACGCGACGUUUAGGAACUAGGGGUCAAUCACGUUAUCAUUAUUACGGGAUCGCCAUCCGGGAAAAUUCAGCUUAUUAUGAGUUAGUCUACUCAAAGAAAGGGUUGCAAGCGACUGAAGAUAUUCGAAAAGAUCACCUUCGACAGAUGCCUUCCUCAUGUGCUGGGAACCAUGCAGGAAUGCCAUCGUCUUCAAGAUCUGUGACGUCUUCAUCAUCGCAAGGCGUUGGCGGAGGGAUUCCUGUAUCAGUUGCUGUGGCUCAAGCUGCCACUGCUGCAGCGCUGGCUACCCGCCUACCAGAGUUCCCCAAUUUACGUGACUUGUGUCUACCGCCUGGCGGCAUUAGCGGGGGCGUGCCCGAAGAGCGUGUUGCCACGUUUAUCGUCAUGUAUCGCGCCCACUGUCAGAGACUCCUCGAUACGAUUAUUCGUGGCAGCUUCCAAGAAGUGCAAACAUUCCUCUUGCAUUAUUGGCAAGGCAUGCCGCCACACCUGAUUGGCGUCCUAGGAAGUCACGUGGUUGUCAACAUUGUCGGUGUUUGCGAUUCGAUCCUCUACCGCUCCGUUUGCAGCAUCCUCAUGUCUUCUGUCAUUCGAGGAUUGCCCGAGAAUUUGAUCCAGAUGAUACGCAAAUUCGCAUCCGAGUUGGAUUCGUGGCUUCGAGCUGCGCUGGAAGACUUGCCGGAAAAUUUACGCGCCGUCAAAAUCGAUUUGGCACGGCAUUUUUGUCACAUGCUACGGAGACAAAGUUCACUAAAUCAGCUGUUUGGGACCGUCCGGUUGGCUUUACAUGACCCGCAAGUGAAUAGCGUUUUACUUCACGACUGGCAACGUCAGGAUCUUCACGCCAUGACUAAAAGUGCCCUACAAGCGGCCAGCAAUUUUCAUUUGAACGAUCAGGGUCAACAGUUCCGUAAGCGCCGGUCAACCGAGGCGCAACCCAUCAGUCCCGCUACCGUCGAAUUCGUGGCCGCCUUCGGUGGCGAGUUCGAGCGGCUGCUGGCGGAGCAAGCGCCGUUGGAGGCCUACACUGAAUGGGUGGAGUCGAUUGUGGAUCGGUGCGUCCUUCAACAGCGCCACCAUCGCAGCAGACCCGCCUCUUCUUUGCGUCACUCCAUCCGUCAAUUCCUGCUUGUAUGGAUGGCUUUUAGCGGACGGUUACUGCGUGAGUUGACCGCACAGACCGCUGCCGGAUUCGAAACGUUCCAUUUGAUGCGCAUCAUGGUGGAUGACUACUUCCUUUAUCUGGUCGAGUUGUUGCACGUUGACGACCGGGCCCGUGAGCUCAUGCGCAACAUCACCCUCGACAUACCGCCAGAAUAUCUUGACACGGAUUAUGAAGGCUUCCUUGCCACCGUUUUUGCAAAUCUUGAUAUUUCGCCGGAAAUCACUAGUCUCGGUUCAGAUCACUCAUCAUCCGGCAACAGACAUCUGACCGUGGGCGAACCACACUAUGCUGACGUUGUGACGGAAGAAACAAGCCAUAUGGAAAAUAACAGCCCAAACAUCCAACAGCAGCAGGUUAUUGUGGUUAACAACGCCACAACUAACAAUGGUUACAACAGUUUACCCACCGAAUCUCCUUCCGAUACUGGAACGUCGGAUGAAACGUUCACUAGUUAUGACUACGCAUCUAAUAUUCGAUUAGCCAAUGGCUAUAAAUUCGCUAGCGGUGGUGGACCCACAAACACCGGAGGUUAUAAUAGCUAUCCGGCUAGUAAUACGCCACCUGCAGUUUCCCAUCAACAGUUAAGCUACUACCCUAGCACGGGUUUUGGCGAUGUAUCAAAUGCUGCAGAGCAGUACACUAAUGGAUCAUACAAUGCAGCCUAUCAGCACGCAGCGUAUCAUAUCCGGCGGGAUUUCAGUACGGAUGUCAUACAUCACCAAGUACAUAGCUGUUCCACUUCUGGUGGCGUGGGUUCCAGCGGAUUUUAUGCUUCGGAACACCAGCAAUCUCCACAGGUAAUUACACCGACUACAGGCACCAAUUAUGUUAACAUUCCUGCAACUGGUGGAACCGGAGACUAUUACGGAACAGUCUACGAUGUGACGUCGUCCGCUUCAUCCAGCAGUAGCGCUUCAGUUUACGGAGACCUAAACGACCAAAGUCAUUCAAAAUUGAAAAAGAAUGAAACUGUCAUAGCCCAGCAAUCGUCAAGCGUCAUCAUUGGCCAAACUCAACCUGACACGGAAUGCGGAGGAAAAGCUCCGGAAACAAACACGUCAAGUAACUUUCAUAUCUCCUCAGAGCCCUAUAUUCGUUCAUAAGAAAGAGACUGUAUUAUGCUUGAAACCUAGUCGAGUAAUUAUCCAUACAUGGUACAAUCUCAAAUUUUUUUGCAGCGAGUUCGGCUACACUCGCGAGAAUCCCGAGUGAAUUACCGAAUCCCAGCACAAACCAAAAUUCUUGACCACAAACCAUAGUGGUGAAUUAUCGUCAUCAUAAUUGAUCAUAUUUCUAGUCUGCGCGUACAUGCUUACCUAUUUCGGUACUUCAGUCUGAUACUGGUCAAUGUUAAAUGCACAACAGUUUUUUUUGUCACUUCUUAUUUUAUUUAAAUCGCUGUUUUUUUUUUUUUUGGCCUUUUGCUAAAAUUUCUAAAGGAAUUUUCGUUCUUGUACCAAACACUUUGAAGUGUUACAUCCUGUUGCUUUUCUCUCGGCGUGCGUUCAAUCUAUUACUGUUUGCCAUUGAAAGGUC